AUGAACGGUGACGUCCGCUGUCUUAUUGUGGCUUCUAAAACUAGAGUUGCGCCACUGAAGCCCAUAUCGAUUCCUCGUAUGGAAUUGAUGGCAGCAAUUUUAGGGCUCCGGCUAGCGAACUGUGUUGAGUCCGAAGCAUCAAUACGUAUUGAUCGGCGAUACUUCUGGACGGACUCAAGAGAUGUGCUUUGUUGGAUACGUUCUGAUGCGCGAAAAUUUCAGCAAUUUGUGGCAGUUCGAAUCGGCGAGAUUUUGGAAGGGUCCGAGAUAAGCAACUGGCGCUGGGUUCCUUCAACUCAAAAUGUAUCUGACGACGGAACUAAAUGGGUCACAACGCCUAAGAUUCAUGGGUCUAUAAGAUGGUUUACUGGCCCCGAGUUUUUACAAAUGAAUGAGUCGCAGUGGCCGGAAAUAGACUUAAAAGGAAAAAAAUCUAUGGAAAGCGUAAUGUACCAUACUGAGGAGAUCCCUGAUCGUUCAUCAGCACUGUCAUGCAUCUCACCUGAUCCUAGCCGAUUUAGUAAAUUGGAACAUCUUCUAGCGGCACAGCGAUGCGUGCUGAAUUUUUUGAGAAACAUAUCGAAGAAGCCUUUCGAAGUACUACUGCGAAAAAUCAUACAAUUAAAGGGAGACGUCGAGAUGAAUGUCGUGCUCAUCCACAUUGGCCAGGAAGAAUGCUUUUUUGAUGAGAUCAACUGCCUGCAGACUGGCCGUCGUUUAAGUGAUCGAAAAAGUAUAUUGUUCAAAUGCUCGCCUUACUUAGAUGACUACGGAGUUCUUCGCAUCAGAGGUCGAGUCGAUGCUAUUGAAGGAGUUGAAGUUGACGUGAAGCGCCCUGUUAUCCUACCGCGACGCCAUCGAGUAAAAUAUUUGGUCGUUGAGUUUCAUCAUAGGAAGCACUACCAUCUACAUGGGGAGAUUGCCGUUUACGAGCUACGUCAUCGCUAUUGGAUUUUUGGACUGCGCGCUCUGGUAAGAGAAGAUAUAAAACAAUGUCCAGCGUGCCGAAUACGAAAGGCCCAACCAAUGCCACCAGAAAUGGGUGAACUUCCUAUUGAGCGGUUGUCGCCACAUACUCGGCCAUUUACGUUUACUGGCGUGGACUACUUUGGCCCUAGAGACAUUGCAGUUGGACGGCGCAGGGAGAAACGCUGA